AGUCAGUUGGUCGUGGUGCGAUGCGACGACUGCAUGCAUCGUGGUUUUUGUGCUAAAAUUACAUAAUUUUGCAGGAAGUUGCAAGUUCAACUAUGCAAAUUUUACAGAAAUAUUAGUGCUUAAAGAUGACGCCGGAAUCGAUUCUGGGCAUCGGAGGAGCCAGUGGGUCCUUCAUGCGUUUCGUGUACAACGCUCUGUCCAUGAUGGGACUGUUUAUCACUGCCUUCACGAAGCAUGACCGAGUUCGGGACAAGUUCCAAAUGGAGACAAAGGAAGCUCCCCCGUCGACCAUCGAGACGUAUGAUUUCAUAAUUGUGGGAGGAGGCACGGCGGGAUCAAUUGUUGCUAACAGAUUGUCAGAAAAGUACAAGGUUUUACUACUGGAAGCUGGCGGAGAACCGUUUCCGCUUCAAUCCGUCCCCAGUCUGGCGCCGUACAUGAUGAUGAGCAGAAAAGAUAUUAGUUGGAUGUACAAAAGCGUUCCGCAGAAAUACGCCUGCCAAGCCAUGAACAAACAGAAAACGAACCUCUCGCAAGGCAAGGGACUCGGUGGUUCGAGUAAUCUGGGCCUGCUCAACUACCUGCGUGGAUCGCCGUUUGAUUUCGAAAGCUGGGCAAAUCUGACGGAUAAUCCAAAUUGGAAAUAUAGCAACCUUUUACCGUAUUUUCGAAGGAUUGAGAAUUAUCAGGGGAGGUGGAAUAAUCCAAUGACGCACGGUUUCGAAGGGGAAGUUCAACUCCAAACUCCUAAUUUUACUGGAAUGGCGGAUCGAUUUAUCCGAGCUGGGAUUGAAAUGAAUUACAAAAUGUCGGAUUUGAAUGGAUUCUUUACUGAAGGGUUUGACUAUAUUUUGUCCCCUUUGAGACGUGGAUAUCGUCAAACGACGACAACCGCUUAUCUCAACACGAUUCGACCCCGGCCAAAAUUGGACAUUCGGAAAUAUGCGCAAGUUGAAAAGAUCCUCUUUCAUAAAAACGACCCAUCAGCGAAACCGUCCGCUUAUGGCGUUGUAUACGCUCGGCAUGGAAAUUUGAUUAUGGCAGUGGCCAAAAAAGAAGUGAUCUUAUCCGCUGGGGUUAUUAAUUCGCCAAAGUUGUUAAUGCUAUCGGGAAUUGGUCCGCAAAACCAUCUUCACUCAAUCAAGAUUCCCAUCGUGAAAAACCUCCUUGGCGUCGGGAAAAACCUUCAAGACCAUUUGAUAACAUAUCUCGGUCCAUUUAUGCUGAACACGACGAAAUCCUUCCUCCUCGACCGUGACCUCAAAGCUGAAACAAUAGCCCAAUUUGGUCUCGCAGAUGGUCAAGGUCCUCUCACUUCAACGGGAAUCCACGCCAACGCCAUCCUCACCUCGUCGCAACAGAAAAUGAGUGGAAAUUUAAUGUGGCCCGAUUUGCAUCUCACCCUCUAUGGAAUGUCCCACCAUGCAACAAUGGACCAAGAAUUCGUCGACAUGUUCAACCUCGAACCGGAAGUUGCCGACCAAUAUUUUAAAAAUACGAAAGGACAGGACUCCUUCUCAAUCAUAAUUUCUGCAGGGAGACCUUUUAGUAGAGGAAACGUUCGGCUGGUGGAUUCAAACAUCAAUUCCGACCCCGUCAUAAAUCCGAAAUACUUUUCCGACCCGAGAGACACGGACGUCAUGAUGGACGGGAUUUACCGGGCCCUCAGCCUUAUCGAGAAUUCCGUUUCAUUUCGUGUCAUGGGUGCGUCCCUCACUUCGGAACCGUUUCCGUCCUGCGCAGAGUUCGAAUUUAAGACGAAAUCUUACUGGGCCUGUUAUCUAAAAUAUUUUACGAUGAGUGGAAAUAAUUUGGUGGGGACGUGUGCAAUGGGGGUAAAGGCGAGUAGUGGUGGUGGAGGGGGGCAGGCAGUUGUGGAUGGAGAUCUCAAAGUUUUAGGGGUAAACGGGCUGCGAAUAAUUGACGCUUCUGUCAUGCCAUCCAUUCCUGUGGGAGGAACUCUAGCGGCCACGAUGGUAAUUGCGGAAAAGGGGGUGGACAUUAUUAGGAAUUAUUGGGAUGAGGUGGAGAUGAUGAGUGUUAAUGCUUCAAGAGUUCAAAAAAUGGGGAAUUAAAUGUUAUAAAUAUGAUUAUGUAAUAAAUUUAAAGAUGUUAUAAUUAACAUGCAAUCAUACAUUUUCAUAAGUCACAUAUACAAAUGUACAAUAAUGUACAUACUAGCUGCAUAUGCACUUAUUAUGGAAUCAAUAUACGUACAUUUCAUACAAUUUAAUAAGUCAGAGUAAGUGCAUACGUAUGCAAAUGUCGAGCUAUGAUCAUUUUUCAUAAAGCUUGCUUUCAUUUAAUUAAUGUCCUUAGAAAAAGGAUGGAACCCUUGCUUAUGAAAUAACGGUAAAAUAAACUGUAAACCAAUGUAAUGCUUUUUCUUCUAAGGACUUACAUUUGUGUCAAAACUUUUCAGGUUCGACAAGUUUCAAGGGUUUAUACACAAACCCUUCGAGAAAUAUUUUAGAUUUUCUUUUAGAUUUAUCCAAAUCUGCAAAAUGUGUCUUAC